UGUUGGAGGAGUGAGCAGCAGCAGCAGCAGCAGAAGCAGCAGCAGAGUGUAUAUCUCCUCUCAACUUUUAACACAAAGUUCAAAAUCCACGCAGAAACUGAAGAGGGACGCGCGUGGACGGCGACGACGCAGACUUUUUGUUUUUUUUUUAAAUUUGCACUCCUUUUUCCUGCGUUCCCUGAAUGUAACAUGUUUUCUGGACCAUAAAUCUCCUUUAAACGUGGAUUCUGGGUUUAUUUAUUUAUUUAUUUUUAAAAAAAUUACACUUAUUCUAUUUUUGUAUUUGUUUUGGUGAGUUAUUUUGUUUCUCGCGAGGAGGAGAAGCUGCAUUUCCCUCGCGGUUGUUAUGAAGACGUCUUCACUGCUGCUUUGUUAACAUGGAAGGAUCCAGCGGCUCCAGUUUUGGGAUAGACACUAUUUUAUCCAGCAGCGCUGCCGCUGCCGCCGCCGCCGCCGCCGCCGCCUCUAAUAACUCUGUAACUGGUAACUGUAACGGUAAUAACGCGCAGGUGCUGAUGAACGGAGGGGACUUCCAGCGGACAGCAGCGGACUUCAGGAGCCGGGAAACACCGUCACCAUGCUCGGACAUAGACACUGUGGGAACUGCGCCCUCCUCUCCCAUCUCCGUCACUAUGGAGCAAAGCGCAGAGCCGCAUCUGGUGCAGGACCUUCAGCAUCACCUCCACCAUCAUCACCACCACCUUCACCAGCCGCCGCUCUCUCCUCCUCCUCUGUCUCAGCAGCAGCAGCAGCAGCCGCUGGCCGGAGCAGGAGCAGGUGGAGCAGGAGGAGCAGGCUGCGCCCCGAGGACUGCCACCUCCUCCUUCCUCAUCAAAGACAUUUUGGGCGACAGCAAACCGCUGGCAGCCUGCGCACCUUACAGCACCACCACCACACUGUCCUCCUCCACGUCCUCCUCACCGCCUCCACCUCCCCACCACCACCACCACCAUCACCUCCAUCAUCACCACAAACCAGAAAGUGCCACGGCUCCGGACAGCGGCUUCAGGCCCAAGCUGGAGCAGGAGGAGAGCAGGAGCAAGCUGGACAAGAGGGACGACAUUCACAGCGAACUGAAAUGUAACGGGACUAAAGAAGAGGGAGACCGGGAAAUCUCCAGCAGCAGAGACAGUCCUCCGGUGCGCUCGAAAAAGCCGCGCAAGGCGCGCACGGCCUUCACGGACCAUCAGCUCAAUCAGCUGGAGAGAAGCUUCGAGAGACAGAAAUACCUCAGCGUGCAGGACCGCAUGGACCUGGCGGCGGCGCUCAACCUGACCGACACGCAGGUCAAGACCUGGUACCAAAACAGAAGGACGAAGUGGAAGCGGCAGACCGCGGUAGGACUGGAGCUUCUGGCGGAGGCAGGAAACUACUCGGCCUUACAGCGAAUGUUCCCGUCGCCGUAUUUCUACCACCCGAGUCUGCUGAGCUCCGUGGACAGCACCACGGCGGCCGCGGCGGCUGCGGCCAUGUACAGCAGCAUGUACCGGACUCCUUCCACGCCGCACCCGAGCCUCCAGAGACCGCUGGUCCCGAGGGUGCUCAUCCACGGGCUGGGGCCGGGGGGGCAACCGGCGCUCAACCCGCUCUCCAACCCGAUGUCUGGGACACCGCAUCCGCGAUAAACAAGCAAACACACACACACAAACAAGAACAACACAACAUAAACAACUAUAAACAAACGAAAAGGACGCAGGACGAUGACCGGACCUGGUCCAACACGUGACGAUGCGACGAACUGCACCGGAACCGAACUGCAGCAGGACUUUUUUUUUCCUUCAUCCUCAAAUGAAAGAGACAUAAAAAAGACGGUUUAAAAAAAAUUAAGGAGCUUUUAUUUAACACUUAGGCCAAAAACAAAAGCCUAAUAAAGACUUUGAUUCUGGCUCCGGAACCAACGGAAUCGGAAUCGGACUGGACCGAACCGAACCAGGCGAGAGGACUUGCUCAUGUCUGAUUGUUUGUUUGUUUGUCUUUUGUACAAAUACACUUACAUUAGCAAAUAAACUUAUAAAGUUUAUUAGAUGGAGAAGUGAAUGAAUAAAGAAGCAAAUGAUACGAAAAAAA